AUUGUCGACAGUCUGUCUUUGGCGUCGUACGUGUUCGGUCGCGGCUUUGCGUGCGUUAAGUCACAUUUCAACCGCUUAACCCCCUCGUUUUAUUUACACAUACAUUUCAGAUGCUCGUUAGGGGCACACAGACGGUGUUUGAUUGAGUGCGGGUGGAUGAAAUGCUCGGUUAGUCGCUCGAAUGGAUUAAUGGUUAACUUUUCCUCAACUGUUCCAUCAGGAUAGAGUAACUUUCCUCGGUUUCUAGAGCUUAUUAUACUUGGAUCAUUAUCUUAUCGUGUUGUUAAGUGUGCAAGAUUCAACAGUGCCAUAUUAAGUUCAGUUGUUCAUUUGUGUUCAGUACUUUUUCCAUUGGAAUUUCGCUCUGUCCAAUUGCCAUCAGCAAUAGUAGAAGGUUGUGAUAUAAUGUCGCGGCUUGAUCCGCGUCGAUAACAAAGUUAAUGACAGCCAUAUUCAGAACUUCCAUGACCAGCAUGGACAUCAAGCACGAGAUGAUCUACCGUGACGAUGACUUGCUGCUGGUUAAGUCCGAGCCCGAGCUCCUCUCGCCAUGUCCCACAAGCACCAACGGUCUGCAUACCUCAUCCACCCUCAUAUGUACGUCGUCGAACGGUCUGGUCACCAGCCUGGCCGGCACCUCGAACCACAACGGACUCAGUAGCGCGUUAUCGCCCAAUAACAAUGGACUAGUACUAAGCUCGGGGCCGUUCAGCGGCCUGGGCACCAGCCAAAACGCUAGUGUUCAGCCUGCCAAUAAGCGGCCGCGGCCGGACGAGUGGCUGAGUUCGCCCAGUCCUGGAACUAUGAGUGUCAGUGCUCCCCCCUUAACACCCUCUCCCGGUCCCCCCUCACACACGUAUACUGUUAUAAGUAACGGAUAUCCGUCGCCUAUGUCAUCAGGCAGCUACGACCCUUACAGUCCGACAAACGGAAAAAUAGGGAGGGAAGACCUUUCACCUAGUAGUCUCAAUGGAUUCAGUGCGGAUAGUGGUGAUUCGAAAAAGAAGAAAGGACCAACACCAAGGCAGCAAGAAGAAUUGUGUCUAGUGUGUGGUGACAGAGCUUCUGGAUAUCAUUAUAACGCGCUUACAUGUGAAGGUUGCAAAGGGUUCUUUCGACGGAGUGUGACGAAAAAUGCUGUUUACAAAUGCAAAUACGGUACAAACUGCGAAAUCGACAUGUACAUGAGGAGAAAAUGUCAAGAAUGUAGGCUGAAGAAAUGUCUUGCAGUGGGGAUGAGACCAGAAUGCGUGGUGCCGGAAGUUCAGUGUGCAGUGAAGAGAAAAGAGAAGAAGGCGCAGAAGGAAAAGGAUAAACCAAACAGUACAACCAACGGAUCACCAGAAGCCAUAAAAAUUGAACCACCAGAGGACUGGUUUUCAAAAUUCCAGCAACCGGAUUCUGAGAGACUGCUGUGCAAUGGCAAUAAAAAAGUGUCACCAGAGCAGGAAGAACUGAUCCAUCGAUUGGUUUUCUUCCAGACUGAACAUGAACAUCCAUCGCCAGAAGACGUCCAACGAAUAAUCAAUGCACCCAUGGAGGGCGAGGAUCAGUGUGACGUGAGAUUCAGGCAUAUAACAGAAAUAACGAUAUUGACGGUACAGUUGAUCGUGGAGUUUGCUAAGAGAUUACCGGGCUUCGAUAAACUCCUGAGGGAGGAUCAGAUUGCUCUUCUCAAGGCGUGUUCAAGUGAAGUCAUGAUGUUCAGGAUGGCCAGGAGAUACGACUUCAAUACAGACUCCAUCUUGUUCGUCAAUAACCAGCCCUACUCCAGGGAUAGUUAUAACCUUGCUGGCAUGGGGGAAACUAUCGAGGAUUUGUUGCAUUUCUGUAGGAUGAUGUACAACAUGAAGGUUGAUAACGCUGAGUACGCUCUACUUACAGCCAUCGUCAUAUUCUCAGAACGGCCAAACCUCAUGGAAGGCUGGAAGGUGGAAAAAAUCCAGGAGAUCUACCUGGAGGCCCUGAGGGCAUACGUGGACUACCGGAGAGGUCUGAAAUCGGGUACGAUAUUUGCGAAACUUCUGGCCGUGUUGACUGAAUUGAGGACAUUAGGCAACCAGAAUUCCGAAAUGUGUUUCUCGCUGAAGUUGAAGAACAAGAAACUACCGCCCUUCUUGGCCGAGAUAUGGGACGUCGACAACGUCCAUCCUUCCUCAUAGUAGACUCGGAUGUGGAUACCGUACUACCCGGAACCGGUGAUGAUGGUUUAUUUGCUGCUGUUGAAAGUGAUGUGCACGUUAGGAGAAAAAAGAAUAAUACGUCAAAUACUUAAGAAAACAGCAGUCGGAUGGCCCACCACCAAAUAGUUGGCUGUGACCUAUUGUAAAGUUAUUCAUUUUUUUACUAACAUAUUGUUGGACGGCAUCUAAGAAAUGUUACUGAGAAUAGAUAUAUUUAGAUAAAUUAGAGAUUAUUGCUCGAUUUGAACAAACUAUACGUAGAUUUUUUAUUCCUGUGCAACUUUUAUAACCACUUUAUCUCUUGGAAAAAUCGCUUACUACAUUGGUAAGACUGGACUGGACUGACUUAAAAACAGAGGUGCCUUCAAACGAAAGAUGUAGCGGAUCAUGGAAGAUAAAUGAGUGUGGUGCAGAAAGGGAAAAUAUAGAAAAUUGUAUUGUAGAUAAAGAGAAAGAUGACGAUGAAACGAUUAGGGAAUUAAAUGAUCUGAAGAAAAGGCUUAAGUGCAAUUUAGUAAAUUAUUUGGAAAAUUAGCCUGAUGUUUAGAUGGAUUUAUAAAUAGAAGAAACCAUGGCAAAGCUCACUUUAUAUCUUGAAAAGCACCAAAAAACGACCGAGUACUUCACAUUGCAGAAUAGUACACAAGAGUACCGUCCGAUCAACCCAAGAUUGAUGAUGAACAGUGAUGAGAAUUGACUAAUGGUAGUGUAAUCCGGACCUGUGCCAUGUAAGUUUACCGGGCAUGAAAAUAAUAUUAUACACAACUGGAUAAAGACUGCCUUUAACGAUACAUAAUGGAUGUUUUAACUCUUCAUCGAUGUGUAGAUUAGUCUACUCACUUUUAUACUGUGUAAAAGCUCGUUCUUUUUGCUGAUAGAAGAUAGAACAAUAAAUUUAAGAGUCACAAAUUAUACUUCAUAAUCUCAUAACUGAAUCAAAUCACCAUUGACAUUACCUCAAGCGACAUAGAUUCAAACCUAUAUACCUUGAAUUUAGUCUCAUUCUCAUUGAAGCACCAACUCAUAUGGAAUUUUCUCUCAGUUUUCAAGUGGGUAACGUAAUACCCACAUCAAAAUUGUAUGUUUGAUAUUCAUGCAAUGUCAAUUUACCUAUGUGAAGGAGAAUUCCAUUCAAGAUAUAUCUAUAUAAUUAUAUAUUCGAAAGAUGUUCAAAUUACACUAUGUGCAAAUAAAUUUUAUUUUUAUGAAUUAUUUUAUUUUGUGUUAUUGAAUUUUCCUAAAUUUCUUGUACACAGUGCCCCGACUUGGGCAUCGCAGAAGUGGCAGGGCAAAAAACAUUCAGUAUUUUUCCAUUAUUGAAAAUUUGUGCCUUGUGAAUUUUCGUCCUUCAUCAUUUGGUAACAGUACUAGGUCAUAAUGUAAUUUGAACAGAUUUAACAUCAAAUGAAUAGUGAACAUAACAUUCAUCAUUGUCUAUAAUAACAUAUUUUCAUAAAGAGACAGAAAUAUUUUUGUUUAAAUAGGGAGACAAAUUAUUUCAGCGCCAUCUUUGCCUUAUUCAGAUUUUAUAAAUAUUUAUUUUUCUUGGGAGUCAACUCAAAUUAAUAGAAGGUAUUGAGGAGCUUUCGAAAAGGUCAAAAUCACUUAUAUGAUUGUUUUCAUCGAAUGGUUACCGCUCGUGAAAUGUAAGAGAUUUUGAUCUGGAUGCAGCGUUCUAAAGAAGGCCUUCAAAAAUGUUGAAUAUUUGUUGUGUAAAUUCUCAGAAGUAUAUAUAAUUUAGUGUCGGAUUUAUCAAGGGGGAACAGAUUAAAUAUAUAAAUUUAGGUAGGGGUAAUAAGCGUACAAAUUGAAACGGUACAAACUUUCAGGAAAUUGUAUAAAAAUGGUCAUAGGUUGACUCCUUUUAGUUAACACUGCCGCAAGUGGCUCUGUCUCUGAAUCUCUCAAUGUAUCACAUCAUCCAACCAUUCAAUGUCUUUGUCUCCAUGCAGUCUUAAACGUAGAUAUUGAAAACGCGAGGUUAUUCCCGAAAGAUGUUCGGGAAAUCUUGCAACAACUGGCACAAAUUUUGACUUGAUCUAAUCCUUGUUGUUGUAUGGGCUGUAGGUGCUAUAUAAUGAAAAUCAUUAUAUAUAUUCAAUCAAAUACCUCUCGCUCAGGUCCUAGGCUCUUUGUGUCUAGUUUUCAUUUUUUCUUUUUGUUUAAUAUAGCAACUAUUACGGAUCUAACUCAACUGGAUUGAAAAUACGUAAUAUUCGACGAAAGACAACAAAAUCAGGCGUGUCGUUAAUGCAAAUCAGAAAUUAUUUCAAAUUCAAAUUUCUAGAUGAAUUUUCCGUUUGUCAGAUUUACAAUUCGAAUUUUUAAGGAGGAAUCAAUGUUGUGAAAAACCCAGCGACCUCAAAAUACUCUUCCAUCAAGUUAAGUGCCUCUAGAGCCCAUGAUUUUAUUGGUUGACACAUUUUUUGCCACUGCCAAAAUUAAGGGACUGCCAUUUCCAAUGAAGUAUUGUAGCUAAAUGUCACUCAAUGUAAUAAUUAUAUAAGAAUUUUGUAUGAAGACUGCAUGGAUCGAUCCAAACAAGGACUGUCUUGUGUAGUAUGCCGCAAUUUCUUUCAUGUUUUUGUAUUAAAUGUUCAUAAAAUUGUAUAACAUCCAAUUAUACCCACUUCUAUCAUGUAAGUUUAAGUGGAGCGAAAAGAGUUGAAUGAUAAUUGGAACUGAUGUGGAAAAGAAAAACCAUCAACUGAUCGAACUCUUCGUUAAUUUAUUUUCGCUAUUUCUACAGAAAGAACUGUUGAAAUUCAAACGUUUUCUUUCCUCUCAGUAAACAAACAAGAUAAUCUUCUACGCUCAACUUUCUUGGUUAUGUAAUUUCUUCAGUUGAUAACCAGAAAAGAUGUCACUCAAUUUUGAGUUUCAAAUGCAAACAUUAGUUGGUGAUGACCAUUCAACUAUUCAACAAUAACUUGUUAAUUUCUUAAGACAUUGAUUGAACCAUUACAAUCAGGUUAUUCUCCAAGAAUUAUUGUUGGUUUCAUGUUGAUUUCACAAGAAAUCUGUUGAAAUAUGUACUAUAAUGUAAAUAUAACAUUCAGAGGAACCUGAAUUCAUUUGUUGAGAUAUUUAUUAAGUUUACAUCCUUUUUGUUGUGGCCUUGAUCGACCUAAUACCAGAAUGAAUUCUCAGUCUGAUAUUGAGUUGAAUAAGGAUCAUUCCUAUAUGAAAAAACACAUAACUUACAAAUUAUUUUAAUUGAAAUAUCGAAAGUGCAAUAUGUACAAAAUUUACUAAUCUUACUUUUUUAUAUAUUAUUGACAUAAUUAGUACUGUAUAUCAAGAGGAUUAUUAAUAUUAAUGAGAUAUAGGUGUUACUUUUGUACCAAGCAUACUGAUUUGCAGUAUUAUACAAAUCGAGCAAUCUACCAGCCUGGUGUUGGUCAGGUUGCCUCAAUGUGAAACCACAAACUGGUGAAUCUGUCUCAAACAGUUAUGAUAUUGUUGAGUUGUAUUGAUCUUUAAUGUUCAUUAAGUGUACAGAUACCUAGAUUUUAUUUAUAACAUGACUGUUUGAUUCUUGAAUGCCUUUAUCACAGUUGACCUGCAUUUUGACCUAAAAAUCGAGUGUUUGAAAAGCAAUGAACAUGUCCGAUGAAUAUAUUUUGUGCAGUAAACCUUGAAUUGAUAGAGAAA